AUGCUGAAAAAGUCUUAUGGGCGGCCGUAUUUUACGUGUGCAAGUCGGGAGAAUCCUUGUUCCUUAUGGAUGUGGGCAGACGAGAAAGAAAUCGAGAAACCCAACUGCUAUCACAACGAACUGUGUGCCGUGAAGCGAGUCAAGAACAAGGUCCCAAUACGGGUAAAAGGUUCUUCUGUUGCUGCAACGAAAACCG